AUGUUGCACCUCGGCUUCACCCCACUGCUGAUGCUGGCACUGGGGGCCAGCCUCGGGGCCACCUUCCCCCAGGGUGCCCUGCAGAAGAGCUGCAGCCUGUCCAAGUACCGGUUCCUCGCACCCCACGAGCUGAAGGCUGUGCAGAAGAUGAAGGAACAGUUUGAGGGCAUCAUGCUGCUGUCGGAACUAAAAUGCAACACCAGGGUCUUCCGUCGGAAGUGGAACACAGCAGAGCUAUCGGUGCCCGACCGAGUGAUGCUGGUGGAAGCAGAGCUGGACCUCACCAUUGCCAUGCUGGGGCUCCCCACCACCCCUGAGUUUGCUGAGACGCACCAGCGGCCUCUGGCCUUCCUCACCCAAGCUCGGGAGGACCUGCGAGGCUGCAUGGCCAUGAAGGCUCCUUUGCAUCAGCCCUCCGGGAAACUGAGGCACUGGCUGCAGAAGCUGCAGACAGCCAAGGAAACAGAGACCACUGGCUGCCUGGAGGCCUCCACCAUCAUCCACAUCUUCCAAGUGCUGGAUGACCUGCGAUGCGCAGCACUCCAGGAGCAAUGCACUUAG